AUGAAGGUGAAAGUGAUCUCUGUGCUGGAGGACAACUACAUGUACCUGGUGAUCGAGGAGAGCACCCGGGACGCGGUGGCGGUGGAUGCUGCAGUGCCCAAGAGGUUGCUGGAGAUUAUCAGAAAGGAGGAUGUGGUGCUCAGGGCCAUCCUCACCACCCACCACCACUGGGACCAUGCAAGGGGCAACGAGGAGUUGGUACGGCUGUGCCCUGGGCUGAGGGUGUAUGGUGCUGACCAGCGCAUUGGGGCCCUCACACACAAGGUGACCCACGAGCAGGAGCUGACGUUUGGGGCCAUCAGGGUGAGAUGCCUCUUCACCCCCUGCCACACCUCGGGCCACAUGUGCUACUUCAUGUGGGAGGACGAUUCUCCAGAUGCUCCAGCUCUCUUCUCAGGUGACACCCUGUUCGUGGGAGGCUGUGGGCAGUUCUUCGAGGGCACAGCAGAGCAGAUGUACACCAACCUCACCCAAGUCCUGGGGACGUUGCCAAAGGAGACAAAGGUGUUCUGUGGCCACGAGUACACCGUCCGAAACCUCAAGUUUGCCUUGAAAGUGGAACCAGAGAAUGAAAUGGUGAAGGAGAAACUUGCAUGGGCCAAACAGAGGGAUGAUGAGGACUUGCCCACGGUGCCCUCCACGCUGCAGGAGGAGUUCCUCUACAACCCCUUCCUGCGUGUCAUGGAGGAGUCCGUGCAGAAGUUCACAGGGAAGACAGACCCUGUGGAGGUGCUGAGGACACUUCGCAUCGAGAGGGACAACUUCAAGAAGCCCAAGGAAAGACCCAACCCACAGGCUGUGCUUGCAUUUGAUUGGGGCCUCUUCGACCCCUUCCUGGAGAAGAAGUGA